AUGUACGUUCUGUGGGCUGGUUCUCAGCUCCCCAAGAAAGUUCACCGCCUUAUCCAGAUUAUCCAUUUCGAGGUCGUGCCCUGUGCGACUAUGUCCAGCUGGGAAACCGCCGUCGUCGACAUUGCUGCUGGCGUCUUCAUCAUGCUUCUCAUCUACCUGUUUGCAUCGCUUGCUCCCCUCGCCAAGGAGGCUGGCCACAUCAUCUACUCCGCGGUCCCGCACUACCUCGCUGCCUAA